ACAUAUUCUAAUCUUUUUCAUUCAUUUGAUCCAUUGCAAAAGAAAAAGUUUGAAGAUCCAGAUGAUGCAACACCUAAGUAUCAAAGCGUGGCACUCAUUGUUGGUGUUACAGGCAUCGUCGGCAAUAGCCUGGCAGAAAUCCUGCCGCUCGCAGACACCCCAGGAGGCCCCUGGAAAAUAUACGGUGUGGCACGCCGUCCACGGCCAAUAUGGCAAGCCGAUCAUCUCAACCUCAUAGAAUACAUACAAUGUGAUGUCUCGAACAAAUCAGAAACCGUAGAAAAGCUCUCCAAUCUUACAGAUGUAACCCACAUCUUUUACGUUGCAUGGGUAAGUAAACCCACUGAAGAAGAGAAUUGCGACUUCAAUGGUUCCAUGCUACGUAACGUCCUCGGAUCACUGAUCCUAAACGCACCAAAUUUGCAGCACAUAUGCCUGCAAACUGGCGUUAAGCAUUACAUGGGUCCCUUUAAUAUGUUCGGCAAAAUGGAGCAUCAUGAACCUCUAUGGCACGAGGGUCUUCCGAGGCUUAAUUCGAUCAACUUUUACUAUACACUCGAGGAUGUGUUAUUUGAUGAGGUGAAAAAGAAACAAGGCUCGAUCACCUGGUCGAUUCAUCGACCAGGAAUGAUAUUCGGGUUUUCACCGUGUAGCUUGAUGAAUGGUGUGGGAACUUUAUGUGUUUAUGCUGCAAUAUGUAAGCAUCAAGGGCUUCCAUUAAUUUUUCCGGGAAGUCAUGCAGGGUACAAGGGGUAUUGGGAUGCGUCCGACGCCAAUUUGGUCGCCGAGCAACAGAUAUGGGCAGCGGUGGAUCCAAACGGAAAGAAUGAGGCGUUUAACUGCCAUAACGGGGAUGUUCUUACAUGGAAGAUUUUGUGGAAGGAGUUGGCGGAGCAGUUUGAUAUUGAGAAUUAUGGAAUUGAAGAGGAUGAUGACAAGAAAUUAAGUUUGUAUGAUAGGAUGAAAAAUAUGGGUCCUGUGUGGGAUGAGAUUGUGCGAGAAAAUGAGUUAGUUGCCAGUGAAGUUGAGAAAGUUGCAAUGUGGUGGAUAGUGGAUCUGUGUUUUCAAGGACUUGAUUACGGAUACUUGACUUCCAUGAACAAGAGCAAAGAACAUGGAUUUCUGGGGUUCAGAAACUCUAAAAAAUCUUUUGUGUCAUGGAUUCAGAAAUUGAAAGCUCAAAAAAUUGUUCCUUGAUAUUUAUUUCAGUA